ACCCAACAAUCUCAAACCCGCUUGCACACGCACCGGCAAUGGCUGAGCAAGAAGGAGAAGAAUACAAGGUGCUCAUCGAUCAGACCAGCAAAGACGCCGGUGAACCGCACCAAGACGCCGACGAUGACGACGCUGACGACACCUCGAGCUUCAUCCUGGUCAUGAACCUCGUCCUGAGCGGCACGGCCCGGCUCAACGUGCUCCUCCCGACGGCCACCAUCCUGACCUUCGCCAUCUUCGCGCCGCUGGUCACCGACGACGGCAAGUGCGCGCGCGUCAACCGCGUGCUCACCGGCGCGUUCGUGCUGCUCUGCGCCGCCUCCUGCGUCUUCUUCACGCUCACCGACAGCUUCCGCUCCGCCACGGGCCGGCUCCGCUACGGCGUGGCCACCCCGACGGGUAUCGCGACGUUCUGCGCCGGCGGGGGGAGCCGGAGGAAGGCGCCGAGGGAGCCGGAGAGGUACAGGCUGCGGUGGUCGGACCUGUUCCACACCGCGCUCUCCCUGGUGGCCUUCGUGACCUUCGCCGCCUCCCACCACGACAUCGUCCGGUGCUACUACCCCGGCGCGCCCAGGAAGGUGGUGAACACCGUGCCCCUCGUCGUCGGCUUCGUCGUCAGCCUCCUGUUCGUCAUGUUCCCUUCCAAGAGGAGGGGGAUCGGCUACCCCUUCCUGCUCAGGACCGACCUCGUGUACCUGCGUCGCUGA